UGUGUCUUUAUUCCCGUCUUGCCCCUAGGUUCUUCAUGACCUUUUUUUUUUCUUAGAUUCCAUAUAUAUGUGUUAGCAUAUGGUAUUUGUUUUUCUUCUAUCUGAUUUUUAAUAAACUUAUGCUUCCAGACUCUGUGGCCACUCUAUAUACCACUGUGUGGAUAUCCUGUAAUUUAUUUAACCAGUCCUCUUCUAAUGGGACAUUUAAUGUCAAAAUGGAUGACAUUAGAAAUUUGAUGUUAUUGCCAAACUGCCUUCCACAGAAUAAAAUCAGCUUAUGUUGCCACUAACAUUUGAAUCAGCUUAUAUGACCACCUACAGCACAUGAGACUGACUCUUCCCCCACAAAUUCACCAACACAGCCCAGGAUGUCCGGAAGCAAGCAUAAAAGCAGCGGUGACAUAGCUGGUACUGCUAAGAAGCGCCAAGUGAUAACGACGGAAACAAAAGUGAAAAUAACUGAGAGAGUGCAGUGAGGCGAAAAGAUGGUAGACGUCGCCUGUUCUUAUAAUAUGAAUCGUUCAACCACUGGUGCGAUUCUAAAGAACAAGGACAAGACCAUGAAAUAUGUGAAGUCUGCUGUGCCAGUGAUGUUGACGGUAAUACCGAAGAAGCGUGGAAAAGUGAUGGAGGAGAUGGAGAAACUUCUCAGUCUGUGGAUGCAGGAUCGGCAUCAGCAUCGAGUCCUGGCUCAGCUUAAUGCUGAUUCAAGAGAAAGCUAAAAGCCUUUAUGAAGACUUGAAGAAGAAACACAGUGAAGAAUCAGAGGGUGCAUCUUUUAAUGCCAGCCAUAGCUGGUUUCAUCGUUUCAAGGCUAGAGCCAACCUUCACAACGUAAAAGUAAGUGGUGAGGCAGCGAGUGCAGAUACGGUAGCUGCCCAGGAAUUUCCUGAAACACUUUGAGAAAUUAUUGAUGAAGGUACGUACUUAACCAAGCAGGCUUUUAAUGUGCACGAGACAGGACUGUAUAGGAAGAGGAUGCCAGACCGAAGUUACAUCAGUAAGGAGGAAAAGUUGAUGCCAGGCUAUAAAGCAGCAAAGGAUAGGCUAACUCUGUUGUUUCGUGCCAAUGCUCCCAGCAAUAUGAAGCUGAAGCCACUCUUAGUUUAUCAUUCAGAGCCCAAGAAUCCUUAAAAUCAUAGCCAAGGGCUCUUUUCCUGUUGUGUGGAAGAGUAACCCCAAAGCCUGGGUUACACAGGCCAUUUUCCAGGACUGGUUUUUCCACCACUUUAUCCCGGAGGUAGAGAAAUAUUGCUUGGAGGAGGAUGUCCCAUUCAACCUUCUUUUGCUGCUCCACAAUGCUCCAGGCCACUCCCCAUUCAUGGAGGACUUUCAUCCCAGUGUCAAAAUAGUGCAUCUGCCACCGAAUACUACAUCACUCAUCCAACCUAUGCACCAGGGAGUUAUAGUGACUUUCAAGAAAUAUUAUUUAUGUCAUACUUUUCGUCAGGAAGUAAAGGCAAGUGACAAAUCAGGAACAACCUUGCAAACAUUUUGGAAGGACUAUAACAUCUACAAGGCCAUAAAAAACAUUGACUUUGCUUGGCACGAGGUUACGGCCAUCACCAUGAAUGGCGUUUGGAAGAACUUUUGCCUGCGAUUGGUUCACAAUUUUUGUGGAUUUGAGAAGGUGGAUGAGGAGCUGAAAGAGGUCUUCAGCAACUUAGUGACCCUCAGAGAGAAGCUGGAGCUAGAUCUGCAAGAGGAUGACUUCAUUGAAUUCCUUGCCAUGCAACAUGAGGAGCUUACUAAUGAAGACCUGAUUAAGUUGGAGGCCCAGAAAAAGGACAAAGAGAGACAAGAGGAAGAAGAAGUAACUGAAGAACCAAAGAGAUUCACCACUCAGGAACUGGCAAGGGGAUUUUCUUUAUUUAAGGAGGCACUGUUAGUUUUUGAGGCACAGGACCAGAACAUAGAAUAGAACAUGAAGGUUGCAGCAGCUGUUCAGAAUGCAAUCCAGUACUACCAUGUCAUCUAUGAUGAGAAAAAAAGAGCUACUACCCAGACAUCACUGGAUUGUUUUUUCAAGAGGGUAAAUAGAACUGAAUCCAGCAAGGAACAACCUGUGCCAUCAACAUCAGGCGUGAGUGAAAUUGCAGCUUGCCCUCCAUCUCCUAUUGCUGAUGAUCCUUCAGCUCUACCAUCUCCCACCUCUCCCUCAUCCAGUCAGUAACUCUUCUUGCCUGUUCACUCGGUGCCAGCCCCUGUAUGCCAGCUGUUGUACUGUGCUACUGUACUUUUCAAGGUACUGUACUGUAAGAUUAAAAAUGUUUUCUUCA